ACUGUGACAUGACAGCUGUUCAUCUGGGGGAAAAUUUUGAAUGAUUUUGAUGAAAAAUUGUAUGCAAGUAUCAGAUUCCAGCCUGCUGAUUAGCUAGAAAGGAAGCAAAACUGUUAAGCACACAUCUUACUUGCCUCCACGUUGGCUGGCAUAGCGCGGCAGUGCUGAAACUGUUGAAAAAUCAGCCGCCGAAUUUACCGAGAACGUCAAGUUCAGAGUUGGAUCUUUCGUCGUUGUGUGUCGUCGUCGGUGUGGGCGUUGAUUCCCAGGGCCAGGCAGGCGAUGAUGAUGCGGUGAGCGAAGACCGGGAACAUUCAUUCUAUUCUAGGAAUCUAGUUCUGCACAUCGACAUUUGACAUCAUGGAGACUAAAGUGGAGCAAGAUGAUAAAGAGACUGCCAAGGUUCAGCAGAGUCUCCAAUCCGUAGCAAUUACCUGGAAGGGCUUCCUGAGCAGUACCUCCCCGCAAGCAUUCCCUAACCUCAACACCAAGAAUGUCAUCAAGAUAUCCCUAGGCAGUAAGCAUUCCGCUUAUCUGACAGACCAGCAUGCCGUCUACUGCUACGGGUCAGGAGAAUUCGGCCAGCUCGGACACAAGAAGUUCUCCGACGUCACCAAGCAGCCUGUUCUCGUUCAAGACCUGAAAGGUGAAAACGUCGUGGACGUUGUGUGCGGAAGCAACCACACAGCAGUAUUGUGCUCAGAUGGAAUCGUCUUCUGCUGGGGAGACUCGAGUAGCGGACAGUGUGGAAAUGGACAGAUGGACAAGAUUCAUACCCCUCAGCAGGUGCAAAUUAGUGACCUUGAUUCUGAUCCCUUUCUUACUCAGAUUUCAUGCGGAGAUUCGCAUACAUCGGCGUUAUCCAGCAAAGGAGAGGUCUGGUCAUGGGGCACUGGUCCUCAGCUUGGAUUAGGGACGGGUUCGACUCCUGUCGCAACUCCACGGAAGGUACAAGGCCUUGUUGGGAGGAAGGUGUUACAGAUAUCAUGUGGGGCAAACCACAGCUUGGCUCUUGUCAAGAAAGUACGGUCCAUGAAGCUGGGUGGGACCCGGCAAAGUGACAUGGAUGAGGAAGGGUCCGGGUCAGGAAGCCUGAUGAUGACGGAUGAAAUCUACUCUCUUCAUGAAGAAGGAGACAUCGUCAUUAUCACAGACACAAGAAUGACCAGCUCCCUUGAGGAAAUUCCAUCCGUGCGGAGUUUCUCGCCGGACAGUAUAGACGUGGCAGCGCGAGAAGCUAUGGCGGCCGAAAAGGAAGCAAGCGAACACGGCUCAGUGGAUUCUAACAACAGCCAAGGUACAUACACACUAGACAAUGAGAAACACGCCGAAAAGAAAAAGGAGGAGCCGGUAUCAAACGGUGACGUGUUCGUUGACGAGACAGACUCGACAAAGACCACGACCCCACCCCCGCCCCAGUCUAUGCGACUCGAGCGUAAACUCACAUUCACAGAGUCCUUCGAUACUGAGUCGACAAAGAAGUAUCUAGCGGAGCAACUAAAGCCUUUACAGCUCUCGGAACCGCAAAAACCGUCGGAGAAACUCUCCCCGAAAGACCGUAUUCUUGCCAGCCUUCCUCAAGCAGUGGCGUCCAAAAUCACCAAACUCAUCAGCCCGCUCAGCUUGAGGUCAAAGUUCAGUCUGAUCUCCGUGGAAGGGACGGAGUUUGACGAUUCCGAGGUGGAGGAGCUGAUGAUGGGUGGAUGCCACCAGGACAGUGACAAAACGUCAGAUAUCAGGUUCUCACUAGAGGGCGCUGUUGAUGAUUUGAUGUUGCAGACAGAGGUAUGGAGUUGGGGUAAAGGAGGCAAUGGACAGCUUGGUCAAGGGGAUCCACUCGAGAGAGCUCAACCGUUGGCAAUCAAGCAGCUAAGUGGUAAAGGGGUGACCCGUGUAAUUGCAGGACAAAGUCAUUCCAUGGCCGUAGCGAGUAAUGGUCAAGUCUUCUCAUGGGGUAGCAACUCUGAUGGGCAACUUGGACACAACGGCCAGCUGAUACCAAAGAGAAUUAAGAUGCCAAACAAUGCGCUGGUAUGGGAUGCUGCAGCAGGCAGUACACACACUCUCCUCCUAGCCGAUGGGAACAGCUUCCAGCCUGACAUAUACUAUCUGGGAAAACAACCAAGUCUUCAAGAAUUAAAAAGCGAGGGACGUACUGGCACCCCGGAGAGCAGUCCAUUGAAAGAGAGUAAAGAUUCAUCAAAGAAGCGAUCCAUGUCUAGUAUUGCAAAAGCACCAAUUGUCAAAUAUGCUGCCAGGGCUAAACAACCAGAGAAAUUGACUUUCAUAAGGAAGUGUGGUUGGGCCCAGUACAUAGCUGCUGCAUCAGAUCUAUGUGCGUGUAUCACAGACAAGAACGUCUCUGGUUUUACAUCCAUCCUUCAUGAGCUGGCAGCUACUGAAAGGUUACUUCACUACCAACUGAGCACAGUCCGCAGUACAAUCCUCAAGGCAAUCAGCAGCUCAGAGAUCAAUAAAGUACUGGAAUCAACGAUCUACCAGCAGCCAUUCCGACAAAUUGCCGAGCUCUUCUCAUUACUCGGUACGGCGGUGGCCAAUAAUUCCAUUGGGCUGACAGCGGUCAUACAACGCCACCGGCAUUUGGCCGAUCUCACCAUGUUGAAGUCACGUACCGAGUACCAGGCAGUGUUUGAGCAGUACGCAAACUACGUCUGCGAUUUUGUCACCAUCGGUGGAUUCACUCACAUGGGAAAAGUUGGAAGUGAUGCACUUUCUAAGCACGACGCUGUCUUUAUGGAAUUACUGAAUGAGGAGAAACCAGCAAGUUAUGGUUCACCGCUACGGAGUCUCAUGAAGCUACCCCUGGACAGAGUCAAAUUCUACUCAUACCUCCUCGGAAAGCUGUCCUGUUACUAUGCACAGGACAGUACAGAAUUCAAGCUUCUUAAAGAAAGCAGCUCAUCGUGGGAAACGUUGCAGCGGAGUAUUGAUGAGAAGCAAGCCCAGGCAGAGGAGACGAGAACAUUCUGGGAGUCCUGCCCGACCAAACUUACUGAAGCCAUUAAGAGGCCAGACCGGAGGGUGCUGAGAGACUCUCGAAAUAAACCCCUGUCGCUUCACAACGCUGGUAGACUGUCACAGCACUGGUUCCUGCUGUUUGCUGAUAUCUUUGUCCACGCACAGACUGAGGGCAAGAGUGGAGUUAGCUCGGAUAAGUAUGCAAGCCAUCAGGUGUUCCCAUUGGCUCUAAUCUGGGCUGAACCAGGACAGCAAUCUAAUCAGAACACCAUUCAGCUUACCAUGCCCGAAGCAACCCUCACUCUUCAGACCCCGUCCCCAGCAGAGAAAGCCGAUUGGCUCUGGUCGAUCAACCAGGCCAUCGAUGCAUUGUUGACCAAUCAGAAGCUAGGAGGACUGUCCCCGGUGACCACACCCAUGGCUCAGAAGAUUCCGCCCAAGCUGACAAGGCAGGGGCGGUACGCCUUCUCUGGACAUUCCAAGUUUAAGGAUGCUGUUUAUGAAGGGGUGUGGCACCUUGGAAAGCCCCAUGGGAAGGGUACCUUGAUUUGGCCUGACGGAAAGAAAUAUAACGGUCAGUUCGUCCAAGGACAGCAACAUGGGUAUGGUGUGUACACCAUUCCCAGUGCAGAGCAGAAUGGCAAGGCACAGGUUUAUGAUGGACAGUGGCAGGAGAGCAGCAUGAGUGGCUAUGGAACACUAAGAUACUCCAAUGGUGACAUCUACCAAGGGAAUUUCCAGGACGGCAGAAGGCAUGGUCAUGGCAUCUUCCACAGCAGCGUUGGCAAUCUCUUCAUCGGGGAGUGGCAGAACGACUGUCGUCAUGGUUAUGGGAUCAUGGAGGAGCGACAGAGAGGUGAGAAGUACAUGGGCAAGUGGGAGAACAACUGUCGCCACGGCAACGGGAUGGUGAUCACCAUGGGGGGUCUGUACUACGAGGGCGUCUUCAAUCAGAAUAAACUAAUGGGAGUUGGUAUUCUGUUGACCGAGGAUGGAACAGUGUAUGAAGGAGAACUCACGACGGGUCCAACACUCAGUGGCAAGGGUUUGCUAAGACUGCCCUCUGGCGAUGUUAUCGAUGGUAGUUUCAGCGGCCUGUGGGGUGACGGUGUGAAGGUUAAUGGAACAUUCCGCAAAGCGGCUGAAGUAACGCCUAGUCACAGAAGGAAAACCAGUGGCAUCGGUAAGUUUACAGUGGCGUCAGACGACAAAUGGGAAGAUGUAUUCGACCAUGUACGCUCAAUCUUUGGUCUGAUCGACAAUAAGAAACCAGACUACCAGAAAGUAUGGGCAGCUGUUGCCGUGGCGAUAUCGUCACUCACACAACAGGAAAUGGAAAGGCUGCAUAAAGACGAACGCAGUAAAGUAGUUGAGGAUUUACAGAAGAUACCUAGCAGUGGACAGAGUAAAGGAAAGAUAACCGAAGAGGACUACAAGUCCAUCCAGGAGUACCUUACAAAGGCCUUUGAGACAUCACUUCAUCCCCUCGGCAGUCUCCUUGAGAACCUGUGUGUAGCGUACAGAGAAACAUACAUCGGUCUCGGUGCCCAUCGAUGGCUUCUUCCGUACGCCGUCCAAGAAAUCAAAUCCUAUGUCAAGAGGAUUUAUCAAUUAGUCAGGGUGCUUUUCAGUGACCUCCCAAGUGAACACCCCUCCAAGCCUAAUACACCGGUCCAUGAGGCCCCAUCUUCUGACUUCCAUUAUUACUAUGACUACAGCGAUAGCCAGACAGCAGUGGAGGCAAAGUUCUCAAAGUCAGCGAGUAAAAACAGACAACCCUCGUCUGAUGAUAUAACUUGUCAUAUCACCAGUGAUGGUCUGCUGUAUCCCAUAGUACUACCCAGACUCUACCCAGCUCUCUUUACUCUGUAUGCACUCAAGAAUGAGGAGGAAGACCAACAGUACCAAGAACGAUUAAAACGGCUGAAUGAAAGGCCAGAUAUGGCCUUGAUGGCGUAUCUCAAGGUUGACCAGAAAUUCUGGUUACUGGAAGAUGUUGUGAAAGAUUCUUUAAAGAGAAUAUCCGAGAUACGAGAUGUGUCUUACAUAACAGCAGUAGAGUGCCUGCAGAAUCUAAGUACAACAUUCAGUCCGCGUCAGAAACUGCUGAUUAUACACACAGCCUGGGAGGCUAUUGAGGAAGCCAUACAGACAACACUCAGCUCUGAGAAUAUCACACUAGGCAUGGAUGAACUAUUCCCAAUCUUCCAGUAUGUGGUCACCCGAGCAAGGAUUCCUCAUCUGGGCUCAGAGCUUCAACUCAUCAACGACCUGAUGGAGGUCAAAUCCGACCCAGGUCAAUGGGGUCACAUGUUCACGACCUUAGAGGCGUGCUACCUCCUGACGAGGUAUGACAAACUCCCAGAAGAUUGCGCGGAGCUCCACUGUUGAAGAAAAUAAAGUUGGAACUUGAGAUGGUUUGUAAAAAAAAACAAUUAUAAUCACCCUGAUGGGUACCUCCUUCCUGGUAUGUAUUGUCCAUAUUGGACUUAUUUAUCUGACUUGUGUAGAGUGUUAUGGCCGAGUGGUUAAGAGAAUCAAAUUCAAGUUAAGUCAUCGGGGUGUGGGUUCAAAUCCCGGUCGUGACACUUG